AGAAAAAAACAAUAAACGUCAAACGUCACGCUCAUCGAACAACGUUUUAAGAGUGCGAUCAACGUUCUGCAGGCAGCGGAAGAGCCAUCAGAGACAUUAAAAAAACAGCAGCAACAGGCACAACGCACCCACUCACACACCACACACAGACAGACAGACAAAAUCAUCUUUACUCUCAGCGCUGCACAGCUACUACUGAAACACGUAGCGCUCCGUGGUCGACGAAAAACGCAUUCAAGAAGGAAGGUGAGAGAGCGAGAGCGAGAGCGAGACAACAAGAGAGAAACAAUCGGCUUUUCCCCCUUCUCCAUUGAAGACCGUUUCCAAUCGUUGUCGCGACUUCAUUCUCUCUCUCUCCUUCGUGCAAUCGUAAAAGUCGGCUCCGCAUUGAGGCAGCAAGCAGCAACUACUCCCUCCGAAACAGCCGGGAAGCCUAUCAAAAAAAAAAAAAAGAAAAGAAAAAGAGCAAGAGCCGAAAGCAGUACACACGAAAAGCAAGAGAAGGAAAAGUUGUGUGUGCGUGUGUGAGCACAGCACGUCUCUUCCCCUCUUUUCUUUGGGUUACUUGCUUCGAAAACCCGAUUUUCCUUCCGAGUCUUACGACUCUUCACCUGACGGAUACAACUCUGUUAUUCGGGUAGCAGAGAAAAGCAACGGCAUUAAAACAGAGAUUGCGCUAAUCCCAGCACGUAAAUAUUUGACGGGCGAACACACAAAAGGACCAGCACGACAACAAUAGGGGUGGUAGACUCUACUGCUCUGCGUCUCUCUGCCUUGCCAAACAAAAAUAUUUCAAGGCCUUGACGCAACCAGCUGUAUUCGGUAACCGGUGCUUCAUCACUCCGCCCGACCACUACCGCUACCGAGUCCAACGAAUCGGCUGCCCACCAUACUACUGCUUCUCCUCUCAUCCUGCUUUAUCGCCGCCACGGCGUACUAUCUGUCUUGUGUUUCACGAAAUUACUUUUGUACCUUUUUCUCUGAUUUUCCCUCGGCGUAGAUAAACGCUUAUAAGAAUAAAAAACGAAUACCGACGGAGGUGGAAAAGGAUUCUUUUUUUUUUCUCAUCUAGUAGAAUUGUCUUCUCUUAUUUCGGUGUAUUCUACUUCUUUAUCUUCCUUCUCUUUUUGUUUUCGUUGUUUUGAGUUGUCUUCGUUGUGGACUCAUCGGUUCAGGCGUCUGCUCUUUAUCUCGGUGCGUGUGGAGGAUCAGACGAAGAAAAACGGACAGGCGCAAAAAGGUAACAUCCAAUAGUCCAGCUCCUCUGCGUAGCGUGGACACAUCAUCUGCACGCACACGUAUAUAUGUGUGCUAACGAGUUCCGUGCGGCGAGCAGCAGCUACUACCUUUAUUGUCCUUGAUUAACUGUUCGUUUUUUUAUUAUUAUAGAUUUGCUUUCAGCUUUUUUCUUUCCUGUUUCGUAGCUUUCCUCCCCCCAUUUACUGUUCUUUCUAAACAUCUGACUGAAACUCAUUCAAAGCAGCCUCGUGCAAAACAGCAACAAAAAAACUUUCCUCAGGAAAUAAUAAGUAAAGAAAAAACCCACGCGGCGAAGUGUACAAAGUAGCUACUAACGAAUUUAAGUUGCAAAGGAAGAAAUAAAAUAAAAAAAUUGUUUGUAGGUGCAAACACACCCUGCUCUUCUGCCAUCAUACUUUGCAUUGAGCGUUUUCCCCCUUUUCCCUUCUUGCGGGUUAGAUUUGCAACAUUUCCUUUUGUGUGUGAAAGUCUUUUAUUAUUAUUAUAUCUAUUGCCUCCCGUUUUUUUUUUCAUUUCUCUUCUUUUUCAAACUCCGGUAAAGAAAUUUUCUUUUUUUGGUUUUGUUUUGCUGUUGGUUUUAUAAUUUCCUCCCCCUCCCUCUCCCUCUCCCUUCGUUGUCCUUCUUGACCCUUUUCAGAAUCAAAAGACGGAAGUUGAAAGGCGGUCAUCAACAAAAAGAAUUAUAUUGUUCUCUUUGUCUUUCUCGUUUAACUUAUUGAACUCACCCGGUGACGCGAUUCAGCGGCCUCACUUUUUCGUUUUGCAGUGUGGUGCUGCAAUCCUCUUCUUCGGCAUCUCAGCGCGGUGGUGUUCAGUAAAAAAUUCCUUCGUGGUCCACAAUUUGCGUAACUCUUGGUUUUCCUAGAUCACCUGCGUGGAUAUACACGCUUUUCUUUUGGGGGGUUUGCGUCGAAGGCUAAAAGACCAUUUAUUCUCGUGUUUCAGCCUCAAAACCCUCUUUUUUUUUCUUCUCUUUUUCUUCUCUUUUUUCUUCUACUCCGCGUUGUUGUAAUACAGUGUUCUUUGUUCACUUCAUACCUUCUACAUGACCCCACAGCAACAACAACAAAAUACUGAUAUCUUUUUUUUUCCUGUUCCCUCUUCUUUUGUUCAAAUCUUUUUCUUUUGUAUUUGCAGCACUCUUUGUUUCUCCUUUUUUUCUUCUCUUGUCGGCUUUUCCCUUUUCUUUGCACUACUCAGCUUUCUCAUUUUGUUUUCUUUUCACCGCUCGAGUUAUUAUUAUUAUUAUCUUAUGUGAUCAAUCCAUCGCUGCUUCUUCGCCCGUCGUUCCGUGUUCCUUUUUCGCAUUGCAGGAACGCUUGCAUCAUCGUCGCAAGCGGUGCUUUUUUUUCCUUCACACGUUACAGAAAAGAAAAAGCGUGAAAGCGAAGGGAGGAACAAAAGCGAGGGGAGCAGUUCAGCUUGAGCUUUCAGACACGUCCAAUUCUAAAGACCUGGCCAUCUUUUAGGUAUCUGGUAUCAGGUAACCCACAAACGACGAUCUUUUUCUUCGUUUUCUUUCUCUAUCAUUUGUUUUUCCGAAGAACGCGUCAUAAAGUCUCAAAAUUACGUUUGAAGCGCAACUUAAAAAUAAUAACAACAAACGCCUUUACCUGUUUUUUUCUUCUCUAGGCGUUUCUUUUUCGCGUUUUUCCGUUUCUCGUCUUUUUUUGUGUGUUCUUCUUGUUCGUUUGUUUGUUUUGUUUCUGCACAAUUUUCGGAAGUGCAAAAGAAAAGAAAAAGAAUAAUUAACUAUAACACGAACGCAUUGUUUUGCAGGCAACCCAUCACGGUCCGACACGCACGACGGUGGACGAUUUCUUCUGUUCUUUUUUUUUUCCUUUCUCUUAGCUUUUUUUUUUUCUGCUACGUCACAACUGUCUCGUCUCAUCUUCGUGUUUAGUUUAUUCUCAUAAUUCAAAUUGUUGUGAACUCUUCUUUUCUUUCUUUCGCUUCUUCCUUGCGGUUUCCCGUUUCUUUUAGAAUAUAAGUAGUGGAAGAAGCAGGUAAAAGCAGGAAGAAGUGCCCGGUUUCUUGGUUUUUUUUUUGCCUUUUUUACAUCUGUGGGAGUACACACUCUUCUCAUAUUCGUCGUUUCUUCUUUCCGUCUUUAACGUCGCCUCACUAUUCAUUUUGGAUUUCACUUCCAGAAACGGCGUCAGAAUACUGAACUGUCUUUCUCGUUACGGCUUUUUGCUGGUCUUUAUUUAUUAUUGAUUUGCGGCACCGUCCGCUUUUGCGCUCGCGGCACAUUCCACACGAGCUGAGAUCAGCUCCGGUAAAGCCGCCAACGGAAAAGGACGGAAUAUCUAAAAGCGCGAGCGCGCGCGAGAGAACAGCUGUCUUGUUUCCUUUUUUUGUUUGUUUUUGCGUGCGUCUUUCUUCCAUUCACGGUAACUUUUCAACGUUAGCGGCCUUGUUCUGCAUUUCAGUCGCAUUUAUUAAAGCGGCACCUCUUCUUUUUUUUCUUUCAAAGAGUUUCUCUGUCGAUUAAUAUAUACAUAUUAAAGCUGUCGUUUCCCUCCUGCGGUUGUCGUGCGAUCGAUUCGAUCAUCUUUUCUCAAAUUCCGUUCAGGGAAAGCACGCACGCUCACACAUCGAAAGCGUUUUUUUUUCUUUGUGAAGAAAUCUCUCUACUACGGACCGUUUAUUAUUAUUAUUUCCGUUGCUCUCUUUUUCCGUUCUUUUUGUUUUACUGUUCUCCUUUCACCUUCUUUUUUUUGUCUUCACAGCUACUCCUCUUCCCACUGACAGGACCACCACCACAAAAGACGUUGUUUUCGUCCUGUCUCGAAGAGCUGCAGUUGAAAGAGCUGCCACAACAUACACGGCAGCGCUGGAAUUCCGUAGUGUCUUGAUUUCGUAGUUUUUUUUUGUUUUCUCUUUUUCCCACUAUACUCGUACUGCCUCUCUUACCUAAUUUAUCUUUUUCUGUCUUCUCGGUUAUAAAUACUUCUUUGCCGUUUUUUUCUUUCUUUCUUUCACCAGGGUUGAAGUAUUCGGUACUGUCUGCCUAGAAUACUUUCAACUGGAGAGCUGAAGUCGAUACGGCCUUCCAUUAUUAUUAUUAUUAUUUAUUCGUGUCUUUUCUUGUUUACGCGUGUGUGCGUGUUUCAUUUCACCGUAGAGUCAAAGCGCCUGCUCUCUCUCUCUCGUUCCAUUCGUAUCGUUUUUUUUUUGUUGUUGGGUCGUUCGGCUCGUUCGAUCGGUUUCUUUUUUUUUCUCGUUUUUUUUUUUCUCGCGGCCGUUGAUUUGCCUUGCGUGUUUACUGCGGUGAAAGGCAAUCAACGUAAAAAGACACCCCCAAAAAAGGACCUCAUGCGCGCCACGAUGUCUGCCCUGUAUCUGGAUCUGUCUGCUGCCCAAGCCGAGGUGUCGACGACCUCCCCAAGUGCUGUCAACGGAACUUCGCUCCCCCUUGCUUCCGACAGUCACGACACCACGCAGGAGACGCCGACCAUGUCAGGUGGAGUCAAAGCAGUUCCUGCCUUGCUGCUCUGUUGUGCAUCCAACGACGGCGACUUUCUGUGUCACGAAGCCAUCCACGAAAUCAACCACAUCAGCAACGACAGCGGCGUCGCGCUCCACGGUCCACUGAAUGCCACGCGCACGAGCUCCGAGCACUGCAAUCAUUUCUGGACGCAGAACAUGCGCUUCCCGGAGGUGUACGCGCGCCGCUGUGACAGCGACUCUUUCUCACUACGGCCUGCCUCGAUGGACGACGCCCUGCAGGCGGAGGCAGGUGCACAGUGUCCGCAGCCUCACGCGACAGCAGGCGCGACCUGUGUGGUACCGAACCCGCACCUUUCUUCUCCGCCGUCGGCGUGGUCGCUGCUGCAGCACACGUGCCGCGCGGCACCCCUUUUGGAGUUCGACGCGGAUGGAGCAAACGACAGUGGCUUGCCGAACGAACUCUCCGCCUCGUACUCCGGCGAUGUGCAGCAGCAGUGCACCUCCCCUCUUGACUACCGAGUGGCAGAGAGGAUGGAGAAGCACGACGACGAGGCGCCCGUGACGGAGGCACCACCCAGCUCGUUGGAUGACGUGGCGGAAGCUUCCUACACGGUACAGAGCGAGCAAUCAGAAAGCCAGACAAAAGCAGCAGAGAGGGCGGGCAAGGACCACCUGACUCCGCCGGGCUCUGCGAAGCGCCUCUCCAGGAGAUGCAGCCGCAUGGCGGGGAAUUCGCGGAGAGCGCUUACGACGACGGGACGCCAACCGGGCUUCUCGUCCGCGGCUGCAGUUCUCUCCCUGCCGUCCUCCACCCCGCCCAUGACUGUCUUGCCGAAGGUGGUGAUCGACCACUUCCACGACGCCUACCGCAGCACGAGCACGAGCACCAAAACCCUGUCUGAAAGUGUCAGCACCAGCUACCCGGCUAGCACGUCGUGCAGCGGACAGUACAACAGCCGCAGCAUGAGUGAGGACAGCGAGGAUGACGACGAGCCACCGUUGCUGGCGUGCACGCGGCGCCACAGCUCAAACGAGUCGGCUGACGACGAGAACAACGAAACAGCGGAGGAAGAGGCGGACGCCGACUACGCCAGGAAGGCCGCUGCCGCCUUCGCGCCGCUUGCCUCGACGCCGCCUAACAACUCGAUGGAAGAAGAGGGGUCCGGCCCAGCACCGUACGCCCCCCAUGCGAAGACCACCGCGCUUACGCCGCUAGAGACAACGCCCACGAGAGGCCCUACGGAAGCGUCCGUCACGGUCGCCUUGGCGCUGGAGACGGUGUCGGAGCCCGCCACGGUGGCCGCCACUCCUCACGCACAGCGUACUUCACCGAACGUGCUGGCUGGGGUGACCGCGGCGGAGGAAAACGCCUUCUGCUGCGGCGACGACGACUUGCGGGUGGCUUCCAGUGAUGCGGUCGUUGCUGUCCCUCCGCCCGGCGUGUCCUCGCCUCCUGUCCCGCUGCCGUUGCCGGUGGGCGUGGCGGGGGCUGGGGGGGACAGCGGCUCCCUGCAGGCCUCCCCAUGCUCGCCGCCCCUCGCGCCCACCGGCCCGCCGUCGCGCCCCUCCGCUGCGCUUUCCAUCUCUCCGCCUGAAACGCACAGCAGCGCGAUGCACCACGGUGGUGGUGGAUGCAAGCCGAGGAGCCUGCCGCGUCGGCCACCACGAGCCCUCUUCUCCAGUCUGUCGACCCCACCGCAGACACUGCUGCUGGACUCCGCCUUCAGCACGCCGGCAAGGACGCGCGCCAUCGUGACGAACAGUUCUGCAGUGACGCCUAUUGUGCUCAUGAACGACGCUGCUGCCGGUGCCGCGGACAGGGCGCACGAGACCGGCGCGACCACCGAGCUCCGUACGGCUGCCCACAGCACCGAUCCGGUGGAGGAGAAGGCCGACUGCAGCGGCGCGGCGUGCCACUGUUCGUCGCCCACCUCGUUGCCGGCCUCUCCGGAGGAAUGCGAUUUGGCGCAGCUGGUGCAGCAGCACGUGUCGCAGCGCAUCGCGCAGAACUACGCGCAGAGCUGCUCCUACUACCUGCAUUACCACUCCAAGCACGGCUCCAUCGCUGGUGGUCUUACCGGUCGGGGACCCUACUCCUAUCCGAACACCCCCGACGAAUACAUCUGGGACGACGACGAGGAAGGGGAGGGGGAGGGGGAGGAAGAGCACGAGGACGAACCAGCGGCGUCUGAAGAGGCAUCACGGCCCUCGCCGGACACGGUUCGUGCGACGACGCCAUCGAUGGACUGCGAGGGGACGGUGGACGCGACGGCGCAGACCGCCUCGCAGUUCAGCGCGUCUCGUGCGCACCCGUUUCAGCAACAACCACUGCGGCGUCGCUUUUCGUGUGCGGUUCCACGAGAGAAUCCGCUCUAA